ACGUACCGUACUCAGAAUUAACCGGCACAUGGCGGUCAUCUUCUUCUCAAAUUUCCAAGAUGUUCUCCAAAUCCAACGCCCAAACACUCCCCGUUCUCUCUCACUCAGUUAUUUAUUUAUUUAUUUUUUGGUGUAAUAUUAGGAUAAAAACUUUGGGUUUGUUUUGUUUUUUAAAAGAUGGAAGUGAAUGUGUGAAGUCUAUGGAGAAGAAGAAAGAGAAUUCCAUGGCAAAUAUGAGAUUUUCCGAUGAGAAUCCGUCAGCAACAACUGGCUUUGGUGGAAGCAUCUUUGACAUGGUGGCAGUAGGAACACAUGAAGUUAGUGGUGCAGAUAAGUGGGGUGCUUUAGGCUUCAUGGACUUGCUUGGUAUCCAUCAAGAUUUUGUUUCUCCUUCUUUAUUCGAUUCCUUUCAGACUCCGAUUCUUUCACCACCACCACCACCUCCUCCAUCAUCGUCUGAAGUACUACUUCACCAAGAUAUAUUACAUGAACAAAAACAGGAUACUAAGCAGCAGCUUCUUCAAGGCCUUCCAUCGCAGGCUUCCACUAUACCGGAAUCUUCAGAGGUUUUAAACAACCCGGCAACACCAAACUCUUCUUCGAUCUCUUCCUCGUCGAAUGAAGCUGCAAAUGAUGAGCAAAACAAAGCUGGGGAUGAUGAAGAACAGGAUCAGGACCAAGACAAGACAAAGAAACUGUUGAAACCCAAAAAGAAGAACCAAAAAAGGCAAAGAGAACCGAGAUUUGCGUUCAUGACUAAGAGUGAAGUUGAUCACUUAGAUGAUGGCUAUAGAUGGAGAAAGUAUGGGCAAAAAGCUGUGAAAAACAGCCCUUAUCCCAGGAGCUAUUAUCGAUGCACUACGGCAGGAUGUGGGGUGAAGAAGAGAGUUGAGAGAUCAUCUGAGGAUCCGACGAUCGUCGUUACGACAUACGAAGGGCAACAUACGCAUCCGUGUCCGAUAACACCUCGAGGAAGCGUUGGAAUUGCCCCGGAUUGCUCUGGCUUUGCUGCUGUUUCAGCUCCAUCUUUUGUUGUUCCUCAACGCCAGUAUUUACAUCAUAAUCAUCAGCAACAUGUUCAACCCUAUAUAUAUACCACAUCGCCUUCUAUGAAUAUCACUACUACCGCUAGCUCUAGCUUGAAUUCCUCGUUUCCUGCUUUACUUGAAGCGAAACGACUUUUUAGUCCUAAUUCUUCAACUUCAUCAUCACUUAGAGACCAUGGACUUCUUCAGGAUAUUGUUCCAACCCAGAUGAGGAAAGAGGCGAAGGAAGAAGAGUAGAUAUGGGUUUUAAUUAUAUGGUGCUGGUAUGUAGUUUCCUAACUAACUGAUCCUGAGGGUAUUUAUCUUUAGAUAAAAGAGCGCACUUCACCAUUUUAUAUACAUACCUUUUUAUGAUCAGGUUAUUUCUUAUCUGUAUAAAAUCACUAGUCUUUUUGGUCUUCUGGAUUUCUACUACUCUCGUUUUGUACUUGCUUUUUCUUGUGAUCAUUCUUUGUAUUUAGAGAGUACUCAAUCAUGGAGAUAUUGGUUUUUUUUUUUAUUCUUCCAUUUCGCUUCCCCUCUAGCCAUUUUCUUCUUGUUUCAUUGUGUGUGCACCCAUGCAUAUGAGCAAGGGAUAGACUAAGGUAGAAAGAGCCUUUAGGGUUAGGGUUUUUCUUGAUGAGAAAAGUGGUUAUGAAGGCUAGUUAUUACUAGUAACUUUUUGGUAUGAGACAAAAUCCUUUAACUUUAUGGGAAAAGAAGCAUUCCAAAUAAUGAAUUUGGGAAAUCUACCCUAAGGGAGAGGAAAAAAAAGGCGUUUGAAAGUUAUUGGGAAUGCGAUAGCUUGAAGUACAUGCAUGCGAUAGCUUUUUAAGCAUUCCCAUUAGGCUUUUUCAUCCUUUUUAAGCUAAUUAGAAACAGAUAUGGAGGCCGGGGGUCAUAAACGAAGGAAACUGAACAUCUUAGCAAGGUGGAAAUGGAGUGCUGUGAUCUCUAGAAAUUAGAAGGAUGCAUGGUGAGAGAUUUUGGCAGAGGAUCUGGUUCCCCAUAUUGCACUGUCUCAGCUAGCU